AUGGCGCCUAUGCCCACGGAACCACCGCUGCCCGGCAGCCACGACAGCGAUGAUCUGAACCGUCGUCGCACAGCAGAGCCCAUGCUGCGUCCUCCCCAUGAUUUCUCCCGGUACUAUUCCUGUGCCACCAGGAGGAGAGUCGCGAGCAGCGUUAAGGACUUCUACAAAUACUUUGCUAUCCCGGGCAUCCACAAUCUAGCCGGAGGUCUUCCGCACGUUUCAUAUUUCCCCUUCGACUCUCUGGAAGCGACUGUUGCACUUCCGAAUCGAAUACCCAAAGAUGGAUUUGUCCCCCAACCUCAACCAACUGCUUCCCCGGCAAGCCCUCCGGCCUCGCAGAGAGUGGUGGUCCCAAAGGAAAGUAGCGUCGAUGACGGGCUCAGGAGAAUAGAUUUGGCAACAGCCUUGCAGUACGGCGCGGUCGACGGGUAUCCACCCUUACGCUCCUUCAUUCGCCAAUUUGUUCGAGAGAAUCUGCACCCUCAUGUGCCCUAUGAAGGAGGACCAGAGGUGAUUCUGACGUGCGGGGCGACUGAUGGGUUCUCGAAGACCAUUGAGGCUUUUACAAAUGUUUGGGAUGAAAACCGGGAUUGGAUCCGGGAGCGGCAAGGAUUGUUAUGCGAGGAAUUUGCCUACAUGACCGCUAUUCAAACCGCACGGCCUCGUGGCCUCAAUAUCGUUCCCGUAGCGGUGGAUUCUCAAGGUAUGAAGGUGGAAGGAGAACGCGGACUGGCUGAUGUGCUCGACAACUGGGACUUUAGUCGGGGUCAACGACCGCAUUUGAUGUAUACGGUGACGAUCGGUCAAAAUCCCACUGGAGCAGUUCUUCCUUUAGAAAGGCGCCGGCAAAUUUACAAGUUAUGCCAAAGGUACGAUAUCAUAAUCAUCGAAGAUGACCCUUAUUGGCACUUGCAAUACCCAUCCGCGAAACAGAACGCCCUUAGACAAGGCCAAUCCGACUCCAGCCCGCAUACCCCUUUUAGCGUUCACGACGAGCCAUCCGGUUUCCCAUUUCUGGAUUCGUUGGUCAAAUCGUAUCUUUCCAUAGACACGGCCGGCCGCGUUGUCCGCCUGGACACCUUUUCAAAGAUCAUCGCUCCUGGGUGCCGUCUAGGCUGGCUUACUGCACAGCCUGACAUCGUAGAGCGGAUUUUACGCAUCAGCGAAACUUCAACCCAACAACCCUCAGGCUUUGUUCAAUCAAUGGUUGCCAAACUCAUCAUGGGCGACCAAGCGGACGAUAUGGUCAAGAAGCCCUGCACCGAAGGAUCUCCCGGAUGGCGUGUCGACGGCUGGGUCCGUUGGCUAGAAGGCUUGCGUGGAGGAUAUGAAAAGCGGAUGCAAACCAUGUGUACAAUUCUUGAGGAGGGUCGAUUUUCUAUCGUGCAAGGGGACGCGCUAUCGAACGAUUCUAAUCUGGAUGAAUGGCAAGUAGUUGAUAACGUCCAGAUGUUUGACUUCGACUGGCCCGGUGCAGGCAUGUUUGUCUGGGUUAAAUUUUGCUUGGAGACGCACCCGCUCUGGUCUCAGGUGCCAGCUGCAAAACUCGCAAAUGCGCUAUGGAAGUACUUGAUCAACGCGCCAUAUCGAGUCAUUGUUGGCCCAGGCUGGCUGUUUGCGCCAACAGAAGAUGUGAAAAAGUAUGCUUGGAGGUAUAUGCGCCUCUGCUUUGCUCCUGUGGAUGAGGGUGCUGUUGCUACGAGCAGUCACAAUUUUAUUGAGGGCUGUCGGAGUUUUUGGCAGGUAAAAGAUAUCCAUGACAUUGAUGACCUUGAGGAUGAUAACGAGGAAUGA